GCGCAGCUGGAGCUCCUCUGAUAGCACGCGUCGCGACGCGCACUGUUCAGAGACCAGCCGCGCUGUCAACAUGUUUCUGCUCGGAUUCAGCCUGUGCCUGGCCAUCGUCUAUGGAAUUGUCCCCGAAAUAUCCAAAACAGACAUGGACAUCAUUUCAAACAUGGUAACAAAUGUAGAAGAAGGACAAACGCCGCUGAGCGAUAUGUUCAGAGAGGUGGAGGAGGAACUGAUGGAGGACACGCAGCAGAAGCUGGAGGACGCGGUGCAGCAGAUGGACAAUGAGACAGCAAAAUCCAGCCUCCAUCCACACAACGUCUCUGCAAACCUCCGAAAUUACAGUAUGGAAAUCAUAGCUGGGAAUCAAUCCAUUUAUACUGCUGAGAGAAUCAAUAAGACAACAGACAAUUCAACCGAAGUGACACACAACUCAACAACCAUACAGCCCAGAGAUGAAGAGAACAGCAUUGAUCACACGUGUACCAAAGAUGAGGAAUGCUGUGUGGGACAGCUGUGUGUGUGGGGUCAGUGUGCAGACGGCACAAAGGGAGACGCAGGAACCAUCUGUCAGUCCCAGAGUGAUUGCAAGAAGGAGUUCUGCUGUGCCUACCAUAAAGCCCUGCUGCUCCCAGUUUGCAACUCUAAGCCAAUAGAACGUGAGCGCUGUAUCAUUUCAGCCAAUCACCUGAUAGCGCAUCGGUCAUGGGAUUUGAAGGCGGAGGGUCCUCAAAAGCACUGCCCAUGUGCCGGUGACCUGCAGUGCCAACAUCUUGGGUAGAAAUGUUUUC